AUGGUGCAUCGGCACCCGAAAAAUUAUAUAACGUGUAGAAGAGUAUUGUCAAGAAGGCUUCAUGGUUUUAGCCCACUCACCCCAUUAUUGUAUGCUGAGUCCUGUUACUUGACAAAAGUUUUGCAGUAUGUUAUUGAAGGCAUACAUUCACUGGAAAUACCAUGGGCGGGCACAUUUAUGCUUUCCGGAGUGCUAUUUCGCAUUGCUAGUUUGCCACUGCAUGUGUAUGCAGAACGACUGUCUGCUGAAAGAUAUCGUAUUGUCAACACUUUGAAUUAUGAGCUCAUUAAAAAGUUUAGCAAGCAUUAUAAUUUGAAUAUCAUUUCAAGUAAAAAUGGUCGUUUCUUACAGCUUGACACGACUGACAAAUCCAUAUUGCAGACGACCAAUAAAGUGUCUAAAGAAAUUAUAUUGGAUUUUUGCUAUAAGCGUCGCUUACAGCUUCCCCGUAUUCAAUAUUUGAGAUUUUGUGCGUUGUCAAUAUGGACGUUUUCUUCAUUUGCGAUACGAAAUGUCAUAAGUUCGGAAACUGGUUAUCCUUUUCAAGGCAUUUUUUGGUUUCCGGAUCUGUUGCAGCCUGAUCCUUAUUAUAUUCUACCGGUGUCAGUUGGUAUUUUAGGAAUUAUUAAUCAUUUUGCGCAACAGCGUAUAUAUACUUAUAGUUCGGUUAAACUGAUGUUGGUUAUCAAUGUUUGUUACUCGUUAUUCAUGAUUGUUGGUAUAUAUUUCAUGUCGUAUAUGCCUGUGUGUAUUCCAUUGUUUUGGUUGUCUGUUUCUUUGACUGGAUGCAUACAGCAUUUUGCAUUCAGACACCCUAAAAUCAAAAAACUGCUUGGUAUAAAGUCGUUACCCUCAGAUUCUGCCACUCCUAUACGAGAUUUUUUCCUUUUCAAAUGA